CGGAAUUAUUUCCGAGCCGUACCGGAAACCCUCAGGGUGACAUUUCACAGCAGAGCACAGGCAUGAAGUCAUGGGAUUGCUGCUAAAUUGAAGCAUUUUUCCACAUUUGAGUUUUUUUCGGUAACGUUAGCUUCGUGAGUGAAAUAAUAAAAGAAUGGCCGCGUGGACCGGCCGAUUUCUUCUCUACAGAGGAGCACGUGUGCUAGCGGGACGAACCAGAGCGGUAGCAGCAGCCGACAGCUGUCUCUUUCAGAGUGUUCGGGCAGUGAAGACUACAACAUGGUGGGAGGAGCAUCUGACAGAGGAUAAUAAAUCCUAUAUGAGGAAGAGUCUGGGAGAGGAGUAUAAUCGACAGAUAGCUGCUAAGCUCCACCCACUGAAGGAUGAGCCCUGGCCCAGACAAGAAUGGACAAAGGAGAGUCGGCGAGUAGGGCUAGUUGCAGUGAAGUUGGGCAUGGCCCCAGUCUGGACCAAAACAGGAGAGAGACACGUGGUGACCAUGCUGCAGGUGCAGGAUUGCCAUGUGUUGAAUUACCUGUCUAAAGAGGAGUACGAUGGACACACUGCUGCCCUAAUGGUGGGAGGGAAGAAUGCAUCGCCCUUCUAUAAGACAGAUGAAGAGAUGGAGAUGUUUAGGUUGGCUGGAGUUCCUCCUAAACAGAAAGUCACCACCUUUAAAGUCUCUGACAAUGCUAUCAUCAAACCAGGCACUCCUCUCUAUGCAGCACACUUCCGUCCAGGACAAUAUGUAGAUGUCACAGCCAAAACUAUUGGUAAGGGUUUUCAGGGGGUGAUGAAGCGGUAUGGGUUUAAAGGCCAGCCAGCGUCUCAUGGCCAGACGAAAACACACCGCAGACCUGGAGCCUCGGGACCUGGAGGGGAUCCAGCCAAAGUCUUCAAAGGGAAAAAGAUGCCAGGCAUGAUGGGAAAUGUGUUUGACACUGCCCACGGCCUAAAGGUAUGGAGAGUUAACACCAGGUAUAAUGUUAUCUAUGUUCAUGGCUCUGUUCCUGGCCACAAGAACUGCUUACUAAAGGUGAGAGACACUAACCUACCGACUUAUGUGGAGAAGAACAUCAACCCUCCGUUUCCAACAUUUUUCUGUGAGGAGGACGAACAGCUACCUGAAGACCUGUACGAUGAAGACCUGUUCAUACACACACAGCCCUCACUCACACUCUAACACACAGAGCCCUAAUUCUUACACACACACACAGCCCUCACUCACACUCUAACAAAAACACAGAGCCCUAAUUCUUACACACAGACAUACACACACAGCCCUCACUCACACUCUAACAAACACACAGAGCCCUAAUUCUUACACACAGACAUACACACACACACACACACAGCCCUCACUCACACUCUUACACACAGAGCCCUAAUUCUUACGCACAGACAUACACACACAGCCCUCACUCACACUCUAACAAACACACAGAGCCCUAAUUCUUACACACAGACAUACACACACACACAGCCCUCACUCACACUCUAACAAACACACAGAGCCCUAAUUCUUACACACAGACAUACACACACACACAGCCCUCACUCACACUCUAACAAAAACACAGAGCCCUAACUCUUACACACAGACAUACACACAAUCUCAUAUCAAUUGUAUGGUGACCAACUGUGACAUGUAGGGUUAGCAGUGAAAUGUUUAAAUGUUUUCUAGCCACACCCCUCUGUAGUCAUGAUGUCAUUGUGUCUGGGACAUUAAACAUCCUUUCCUGGAAA